AUUGGACUUCAGGUCUUGUUUCGCCGGCGCAAUGGCCCAUGGCGUCCAGCCCAAUGCCAUUGCAGGCCGGUACGGCAGCGCUACCGCGUUUGGUGCACUUCACGCGGCCAGAUCCACCAAAGAUGCCCAACGCUGGGCAGUUUCCCGUUCUGGUGUGGGAGGUGGCGCUGCGCAGCUGGCUCCGGUACUUCCCGCGCCGGGAGGGGUUCCGGCACCGCGUUUGGCGCGACCACAAUCUCACAGAUUGCAUGCAGAAGGAGUUCCCGGAAUUCCUGAAGGACUUUCUGGCCCUCCCGGGCGGCAUCGAGCGGUCCGACAUCGGGCGCUACUGCGUGCUGCACCAGCAGGGCGGGAUCUACGCCGAUUUAGACUACGAGGCGCGGGCGAAUUUCUACCAGGAGAUUCCCUCUGAUUUGGUGAGCCUCGUAGAGUGCAGGUCCAAGGAUCCGGGCCUGCUGGUGGAGAAUUCUCUCAUGGCCUCACCUGCAGCGCAUCCUUUCUGGAGGCUGGCCAUCCGCAGCUGCUUUGAGGCCUCCGGGCAGCACCGCUGGGAUGAUGCCCAUGGGGGCACGGGCCCGCGCUUACUCAGCGCGCUCUACGCUGAGGAGCAGGUCGCCCAGAUGGUGCAUGUGCUGCCAUGCCAAGACUUCCAGCGAGGGAUCCAGGCGGAUGCCUUUUCUGCGGAGCGCUGCGGCCACAUCUUCGACGGAGGCCAAAGAGGCAUCCACUGGAGCACCACCUCACACACCGCCUUUGUGGGCGCCUCUUUGCGCGCAGAAGCCUUCUACUCUGUGCACCCGGAAGUCGGCAGCCGGCCGCUCUUUGGGGCUGCCGUGCACGAGGUCGCAGCGCGGAGCGCGCAGGUGCUCCCGGCACGGCGCCCGGCGCGAGAGGCAAGGCUGCUUCUGCAAGCCUGUCUGCGUGGGGCAGGACUGGAGCCUUCAGAAGGCCCGAUGGAGCCUGACGGCUCCGCUUUCGGGCGUGCAGAGCGGCUGCUGCGAGAAGCGGUGGCGCUGCGCCCCAACGCCUCGGACCUGCGGUACUUGCUCGGCAGCGCCAUGCAUUCGCAGGGCCGCGUAGCCGAUGCCAUCUUCCAGUACUGCUGUGCCAUGAUCUACGACCCAGACAUCCAGAUAGAACAGCGCCCGGCGGCCUUUGCAGAGCUCAAGCCUGAGCUUACGAUGGGCCGGGCAGCUGCUGUCAGGUUUGGCGCCGGCGAGCUCAGUUGGGCCGACCCGCGGUCCGUGCCCCUGAGGAGUUGGGCAGCCGGGCAUGUCACGGCCAUGGCUUCUGCUGACGGUGCUUGGGCUUUGUGGCAAGUGGCCCCGGAUGCCGGAGUUGUGGCAUCGGCCAGCCUGGUGGGGGGCUCCUUGUCGCGGCUGCUCGCCACACUCGGCGGCGCGGGGGGCUCCAUGGCCCUGGGCGCCGCCUCGGCGGCCACGGGGGCCCUGGCGGCCAAGGCCUUCUCCGAGCGCACGGAGCAGCAGGCGGUGGAGCUGCGGCUGCUGGAGGUCAAGCGCCACGCACCGCAGAGCUGCCCCAUCUCGCUGGAGCCGCUCUCGGCGGCGCGGCAGAUGCUGGAAGCGGUGGAGUGGUGCCUGGCAAAAGAGGAGCGCCGCGCGCACAGCUUCCCCUUGUCCGCCCUUUGCCUCAGCCGGGAGGGGGCGAAGAAGCUGCCGGCGGAGAAGAAGGCGACGGAGAAGGAGUACCGCAAGCAUUUGAACAAGCUCCGGAACUUUGUGCCCGUGCCGAAGCAAAGCAAGGCCAAGCCUUUGAAGGGGAAGCUGAAGGAGGCGCAAGGCGGGAUCGCUGGUAUGACGGUGCCUGGCAGCAGCGAGGCCUACGAGCGGCUCUUUAAUCCCCAGUGGGGCACCGUGCGCAGCAAGCAGGGCAUCUGCGCGGCGCUGGCCUAUUUGGUGACUCAGUUCCUUCAGCUCAAGCAGAUGCCCACGGGCAACCUCCAGGACGGCGCCAGGUACUCAUUGAGACUGGCCGUCUCCUCCUUAGCGCGGCACCACGCCUUCGACGAAGUAGACGAGGCGCCGCAGGCGUUGCAAGCAACACGCCUGCUGCGGCCAUCCUUGGCGUCAGCGGAGCUGGACGAGAUUGACGAAGAGGAGCAGAAGCGAUGGAAGACCCAGCCAGAUCAGGAGCAGGAGUUCCGCUCGGUGGCCGUGGCCCUGCUCUGCCUCCUCGACGCGGCGCUGAGCUGGCGCCCCUCCGACCCUUUGGGCUGGCUGGGCCAAGCGGAGGACGCGGAGGGGGCGGUUCUAGCCCGUGAGAAGGGCGUGUGCUCCUUCCCCUGCUUUGCCGGCAAGGUGCGAAAGAGCAUGAAGCGCGCCAGCGGUGGGUGCCAACUUAGCUGGCGCCGCUUCGAGGUGCACCUGGACGCCAUGCGGAGCAGGGGCCUGCCGGAGCCUUGGCCCUGGAUUUGGGUCAUCAACGAGGAGGGCUCCAUGCUGGUACGGAACCGCACCAAGGUGGCUUUGCGGGUGGAGCUGCACCGUCCCAAAGUGGAGGUCUCGCCCUUUGCGGAUCUGCCCUUGCUGAAGCCCAUGAUGCAAUGGUUCUACGGCCAGGAGAAGCCCCUCAUCGUGGCGGAGGUGAAGCCGGGCAUCGAGUGGGCGCUGCGGCCCAAGGGGAAGGAGGGCAAGGACUUCCGCGUGAAGCUGCUCACCAAGGCGGGGGUGGUGGUGUGCACGCGGCACCUGCGCCGGGGGCAGUCCUUCGACUUCGAGGUGCCCGUGCCUCCGCCCCCCGCGCAGCUGCGGGCGGCGGCAUUGGCGUCGAACCGACCCACCUCAGAGAGCACCAUGCAGCAGCGCCUCAAGGCCACGGACGCGGCGGUGAAGGCCUUCGGCGGAGAGAUGGAGGAGGACCGGGGCUCCGUGGCCUCUACGGCGGCGCCCUCCUCGCGCUUCAGCCUCACGAGCACCACCUCCUCUCGGGCGCCGGGGGUGCCUGCGGUGCCCAGGUCCGCCAGGGAGGAGAUGCAGGCCAAACUGGAGGAGCGGCGUCGCAAGGUAGAGGGCCUGCCGCCCGUCUUCUCCGCCGACGAGGCCCCCUCCCCCUCCGACGAGCCCAAGCCUGCAGAACCGGCGCCGCCGCUUUUGGCAGCGGUGCCGACGGUGAAGUCGGAGCCGGAGGCUGGCGGCAGGAGCUUGCUCACCUCUGUGGAGGGCUUCCGCUUGUGCCUCUGCCCCCGGUGCCUUCACUCCAUGCCCGUGCGGCACCGGCGCCCGCGGGCCAAGAUCUACACGGGCGGGGUGCGGUGCGACCACUGCAAGACGGAGCUCAUGGGCGAGCUGGACGGAGAGAAGGAGAAUGAGGAGGCUGAGGCUCAGGAAGGGUUCUGCCACUGCAGCCGCUGCUGGUUCGACCUGUGCCGCCCCUGCGCCUACAAGGAGAUGCGUGAGGCCAUGAAGAGCAAGAAGGUCGUCAGGCGCUCCGGCAUGUCGCACGGCAUCCAGGUGGGCGAGGUUGGAGCCACCAAGGCCGUGCGCAAGGCACAGAAGGGCGCCUCACCCUUCCCUGGCUUCGGAAGGCCCAACGCCCAAGAGGUGCGGCAGCUGCAUACCGUGCUGGCGCGGCACUUCGGGAAGCGGCGCGCAGGGAGGCGGAGGAGAGAGAUUCUGGACACUGUGGUGGGAACCAUCCUGUCGCAAAACACCACGAACACCAACUCCCACCGGGCCUUUGCUCAGCUGAAGCAACGCUUCCCCUCCUGGGACGCGGUCCGUGUGGCGAAGCCGCUCCACGUGCAGAAGGCCAUUCGCUGCGGCGGCCUGGCGCCGAAGAAGACCAAGUGGAUCAAGUCGAUCCUCAAGACCUUGCACAAGGAGCGUGGCCAGACCUCCAUGGAAUUCCUGCGGAAGCUGGACAAGGACUCGGUGCACGCGGAGCUUGAGCGGUUUGCCGGGGUGGGCAAGAAGACCAGCGCCAUUAUCAACCUCUUUGACUGCAACAAUCCUGACAUGGCCGUGGACACGCACGUUUUCCGCUACGCCGUGCAGCUGGGCUGGGCCCCCACAGAGAAGCAGCGCAAGCGCAAGGGGGCGAGCAAGCCCUGGCCAGCAGUGACCCGGGACACUGUCUAUGCCCAUUUGGACGCUACCUUUCCGGAUGACCUCAAGUACUCCAUGCACCUAAUCCUCACCGACACAGAGGGCGGCUUACCGGUGGUAUGCGGCGCGCGCAACCGCCUACGCUUCGACGGAAAAUCUGUAACCGUGGAUGGCAAAGCCCUACGCGAUGUCGUGAAGGCAAACUUUUGA